AUGCCUCGUGGUGGAAAUUCCAGAAUCAAGGUCGACGAUAAUACUCCAAGGGCAACCCAGGAUUGCAAGGUUUGCAACAGAAGACGCAUAAAAUGUGACCGGGCUCUACCUACAUGUGGCAAGUGUCGAGGAAGGAAUCUCGAGUGCCCUGGAUAUGGCCUCGUCCUUAAAUGGGGCCAGGGAGUUGCUAGUAGAGGAAAGCUUGCCGGCAAGUCAUAUCCCAUUAGAAAUCCGGAACAUGCCAUCGCCAGCAUGUCCAAAGAAAAUUCCAAUCUAUCAAUGGCCACCCCUCCAAAGUCUACAACCACAUCUCCCAGAUCGAAGACACACAAACAGGAGCCAUCCUUUAAACAACAUGCCCCAGCUCCACUUAAACAACAACCUACUUUUUCCAAUGUCAACAUCGUAAGAGUUGACCUGUUGAACCAACCGGACGCCGAUGCCGAUUUCGAGGAGGAAGAUGGUCAUUUGGGUGGUGGCUGUUGUGGUGGAUCGGUUGAUACUACCGGAGGAUGGGACGACUGGCUGGUGCAGAAUGGAGGGGGGCUGAAUACCGCUACUACAACUGCUAGUGGCCUCGAUUACUACGAUAGCAAGCCAACAAUGGUGCCUUCUCCGCCAAGUUCGGUGUACAGCAUGGAGUACACGCCUCCACUACCGGAUUUCGAUUUUAGUUAUGACCUCAACUCCCAACUCCCAACGAUCCUCCAGAACAACUCCGUAAGGGAACUCAUUGCCCAUUACGACCAAACAUUAGCAGCAAUGAUGGUAUGGAUUGAUACUCCCAGCAACCCUUGGAGAAAAAUCAUGAUUCCACUCGCCAUGCAAUCGCCUACUCUACUUCUGGCACUAUUGGCGGUGUCAGCCAACCAUCUAUCUGCACAGAAUAGUGGGAACAACCCAGCAUACUCAUCCGCAGCUACGAGAUAUCGGGAUUCCUCUUUAGCUCUAAUUACCAACCGUCUCAAGAUUGAAACACAGACUCUCGGGUACCAAAGCCCUGACCCGACUUAUCAGAUCAGGGACAAAAUGGAUUCCGAUGCUACUUUGGCAGCUAUAAUCAUGCUCACAAACUUCGAGAUGAUUGGUAGUCAGACAAAUGCCUGGAGGACGCAUUUGGAUGCCGCCAGGACAAUGAUCAAGCUUCGGGGAGGCGCGACUCAAAUUGCCUCAGAGGACGACCAAACCAGCAGUUUCUUGCUCUCACAGUUCUUUGUUAUUGACGUGCUCGCAUCCACCACUACAUUUUCUAAUGAUGAUGCGAAGGAUUUCGAGAUGCCAGUAAACACUCCAACUUCCGGCAGGGAAGAGCUUUUCGAAGACUUCCUCAAAGUCAUGCAUCAAAUCACACGAUGGGAACGACAGCUUUCUAACCCAGAAAGGACGCCGCCAUCGAUCCCCCCGCCGGAAGCUAUCCAAACUCGGUUCGAGAGUGCAAGACAGCGAACUGCUAGGGCAUCUGCCGCCUUCGCUUCGGUUUUGACCGUUGAACAGAAAGACGAUUUUAAUCAUCUAAUCAAUGUCUACCAUCAUUCAGGUCUACUCUACGCUUGGAGGUCUCUUUACAAUUUCCCCUCAACCAAUCCUUUAAUAACAACAUCAAAGCAAGAGCUUUAUAGAUCCCUUCACUCAAUCAAGGAUCAAAAGCGAUUUGCAGUUGAUCUGGUUUAUCCUCUUUUCAUUCUUGGGACUGAGAGCGUGGGCGACGUUAACACCCAACAAUAUGUUCAAUGGAGAAUGAAAGAGGCUAUGGCUGUGACAGGUUUCAGCAACUGCCUCGCCGCCCUUGCUUUCCUUGAUGCGUACUGGAGUGAGGCUGGUGUUGAAGAGAGCUGGGUAUCUUUUGCUAGAAAAUACGGUGACCAGGGCCAUCAGUUUCUCCUCUACUAA